AUGGCAGGAUCUACUACCACUACAGACCCCGCCUCUCUCCCUCUUCAUCCCUCCGCAGACCCUCAGGCAGCCGAGUCUACUGUCCCGGAACCUUUGCUUGUGGAGGGCGAGACCGUACCAGAUGAUCCCGAAGAGACAUUGAGUAGCGAGGACUCCUUCCCGCCCGCCGCCCAAGCCCUCAUUGCCUCCCUCCGCUCGCAGCUAGGCGCUUCCGAGCAACACGUGUCUACCCAAGCCACCAAACUCUCCUCCCUCGCCGACCUCGCUGUCGAACACUCCCAGCUCAAAGACCAGCACGCCUUUGUGUCUGCCGCCAAAGAAGCCGUGGAGGCUCAGCUCAAGGAAGAGGUCAAGAAGCGGGAAUUCGCAGAGGAGAGCGUAGAGAUGCUCAGGGGGCAGGUGGAACAGGCCAGAAGAGGCGUCAUGGCUCUGCAAAAGCAGGACGCCGAUAGGAAGCGAAUGAGCCUCAUGAGCGGUAUGAAUGGGUUGGGGCUCGGCGUACCCCAGCAAGGAGAAGAGGAAGUAUUGGCGAGUACGAGCGAACAAGCUGCCAAAGAUGUCAAGGCUUCUAGGCGUACCAGUAUGAUGGCGAGAUCUCAUCGCAGGAUCAGCUCUCAGUCAGAGCCCAGUGAGGUCAGUGCCUCCCUCGACAGGCAGUCUUUAGUCUCGCCCAAUAUGGCUGGCCAGGCCCGACUUGGCGGCCUGCGCGAACUACGCUUGAGCUCCACCCCUCCUACCGCUACUCACCCCAGUCCUAGUCCUCCUGCCCAGCCCAACACCACCCAGGCUAGCUACUUUGACGAAUCAGUCACCCAAGCAGCUCUCCAAUCUGCUGUCACUGCUAAAGCUGCCGCCCUCGAGGAUGCGAAUCAACUCCGCUCUCAACUUCGUCAACUGCAAUCAAAUCUAGCAGAAAGCGAAGAAUCGCGGAUAGCUACCGAAGUGUGUCUGAAGGCUUUGCGAGAGUUUAUGGCUUCGCACGAAGGCGGGGAGGGUGGUGAAAGCGCAGCGGAAGCGUUGAAGGGCAUCUCGCUCCCCCCUCUCCCCACCGACCGAGACACUGACGAGCCUCUUCAGCAAGAAGCAAAGGGUUCCGGCUGGGGUUUCAAGCUUUGGGCCACAGGUGCCAAGUCCCCCUUACAACCCCCGAGUGAAGCCAUCUCCCCCGGUCGCUCCCGCGCUGCUUCUAUCGCCACUUCCAACACCCACAUUUCGCCCCUGCCCACGCCUAAUGAAGAGGGCACUCCUUUGGGUCUGAGCGGUUUCGUGAGCAGCUGGACGAAAGGCGUCAGCGCGGCUUCACCGCAAAAUGCUACCUCUCUCAAUGCUGCCCCUGUGCCCGCCCCUGCGAACGCGAAGCUUUCCGUCGGGGGCGGCGGGAUGGGCUCCUUCUUUCGUCGCCGCACCGCUGAGUCUGUGAAUGACAAAGAAUUGCCCGCCCCGCCGAUUGCAGAAGACGCUGUCGAUAUUUCAAGCCCUGUGCUGAGGACGGAGGAGGAUAAGGAGGCGGACAGGAGGAGGAGUAACGCGACGACAUUGAGCGAUCUGGAGGCGGAAUUGGGGACGCCGCAUGGGAGCCUGGGGGCCAAGCCUGAUGGGGAGCUUGAAGGUGCAAAGGUCAAGUUUGGCGAGUUGGAGAGGCUGGAUGAAGUCGAGAUAUAG